CCACCUCGCGCUCCCGGUGGGAGCGGAGGCGGAGCGGAUUGCCCCGGGGCAGGACGGAGCCUUCCGAGAUGUCCGGCCUGUGUCCUCUUGGGUAGAGUUCGUUUUAAGAGAGACUCUUGUCUUGCCUGGUAUGGUAGGACACCUGUCCCUAUGAGGUAUGACUCUGCCUUCCGCCUCCGCUGAGAUCCCCUCAGUAUAAAACGCCAGAUGGUCCAGGCCGGCGGAGGCGCUCGGUGCCGGGCGCUCUGGAGUCACCUGAAGAGUCAAGGGCGGCCUGCGCACGCAUGCGCAGAGGGCAGCAUGGGGGCCCGGAGCCGCUGAGCCGCUGAGCCCUUUUGCAGAGUCUGUGAAGAACAUCACUAGGAAGAACUCUGGGUACAACAAUGAACACAAUGUAUGUGAUGAUGGCUCAAAUCCUUAGAUCUCAUCUGAUAAAUGCUUCAGUGGUUCCUAAUCGAAGGAAAAUGCUUCCAUAUCUUGGUGUUAUUAGAAAUAGGAUGAUGUCAACUCAUAAAUCCCAAAAGAGGAUCACAGAAUAUUAUAGGCUGCUGAAUCUGGAUGAAGGAUGCUCUGCAGAUGAUGUCAGGGAAUCUUUUCGUAAACUUGCCAAGCAAUACCAUCCGGACGGUGGCUCUGGUACCGCUGACUCUGCAACAUUUAUAAGGAUCGAAGAAGCUUAUAGGAAAGUGCUUUCCCACGUGAUAGAACAAACAAAUGCCAGACAGAGUAAAGUUGAAGAGGCAGAAGAAGAAGAAGAAAAAUUCAAAUAUAAAACACCCCAACACAGGCAUUAUUUGAGUUUUGAAGGUAUUGGUUUUGGAACUCCAAGUCAACGAGAGAAGCAAUAUAGGCAAUUUAGAGCAGACCGUGCAACUGAGCAAGUGAUGGAAUACCAAAAGCAUAAACUACAAAGCCAGUAUUUCCCUAAUAGUGUAACUGUUAAAGAUGUAAGACAGAGUAAGGAACAAAAGAUAACUCAAGCAAUAGAGCGAUUGGUGGAGGAUCUCAUUCAAGAGUCAAUGGCAAAAGGAGACUUUGACAAUCUCAGUGGGAAAGGAAAACCCCUAAAAAAAUUUUCUGGCUGUUCAUAUAUUGAUCCCAUGACUCACAACCUGAACAGAAUAUUGAUAGAUAAUGGAUACCAACCAGAAUGGAUCCUAAUGCAAAAGGAAAUAAAGGAUACUAUUGAUCAACUCAGAGAGGCAAUUUUAGUGUCAAGGAAAAAACUUGGGAAUCCAAUGACACCGACUGAACAGAAACAGUGGAACCAAGUUUGUGAGCAGUUUCAAGAAAACAUCACAAAACUAAACAAGCGCAUUAAUGAUUUUAACUUAAUUGUUCCCCUCCUGACCAGGCAAAAAGUCCAUUUUGAUGCACAGAAAGAAAUUGCCAGAGCCCAGGAAAUAUAUGAGACCCUUAUAAAAACAAAACAAGUCAGAGAUAAAAACCCAAAUAACAUUGAUCAGGGAGAAGGGGAGAAAACACCUGGAGUCAAGCCAGGUUUUCUAAACUGGAUGAAUGUAUGGAAAUUUAUUAAAAUAUGACCAUUUCAGUGUUCACAGUACUGCCCCAAAUCAUUUUCAGUUGCACUGACAUCACACAUAGAGGCUGAUUUAUUGCUAUAACACAAGAGUUUGAGAAUUGUGUGCCUCUGUACUUUUCAGAAAACCUGAUCACGUCUCCAGUGUCAGGGAGAAAGCUGUAAGGAACUGAGCCAGCGAAAUGUUCAACCAGCUUCGUUCUGAGCAUAUAGCAAGAAGAGAAAAGAACUUCCAAGAAAACAGCUUAAUCCGUUUCAGAGUUUAAAUAUCAGUCGUCAGGUGAAAUGAGUUAGGACAGGGACUCAGACUGGGGAUCAUAAAGCGUAUUCCAACAUCUUAGUGCAGUUUUAAGGUUUAAUAACUUAAAAACAGUUGCUGUUUGCCAUAUUCAAACACAGGUACUUCAACAACAACAACAAAAACUAAAAAUGUGUUAUCAAAAGUCACAAAACUAAAGAAGUGUAAAAUGUAGGCAAGUUAAACCUCCAGAUGAUAUAUGUUUUUUUGAAAAUUUGCUGCAUUUAUAUACCUGAGGUUAUUAAAGCUCAAAACUGUUCUAAGACUUUUGGGACACUCUCUGCAUGGUUGGAAAUGUUAAGAUCAGGAAACUAGCCUAAUGGAGUUGCUGCACUCUUCUUUUUUUAUAAAGGCCUUCUCCGUGGGUACUGAAUUAAAAAUAUCUGGGUUGUACUUUUCCUGCCUAACUUCAUGAUCCAUUGGCUGCAGCAAUUGAUCAGCCAAGCUAGUUGAUUUAGUUUGUUCUAGAAAUAAACCCCAGUGUCCACUUUUAAAGAGUCUGAGUGUAUUUUCUGACCUUUUGGAGGUGAAAAAAAAUCACUGGGUUCAGUGAAAACUUAAGAUUUCACUUCUGGCUUCAUGUCUAAUCGGAGAUUGAAAUGUUAGCUUUUCACAAAUCUACCUGCAGUCUGUGUCGUGUGUCAGACUCUCCAGAGGGUUUUUCACAGAAAUGACAAUCUCAAUUUGCUGUCUUAGGGAUCCAAUUUCCUGUCUUAGGAACCCUAUAAUAAGCAGAGACAAGAUGUCUGAAUUUUAUGCCAGUUUCCCCUUUCAGCAAAUGACAGGAAACUGACAUUCAUGAGAUUGUUGUGUCCCAUCCACUUUCAGAAAAUCUGAUUUUUAGGUCUGUGUAAUUGCUUUAACCACAGAAUUGGACAACUAGCAGGAUAUGGAGAGUGGUCAAGAGGAGCAGAUCUGUUUCCUUAUUUAAUCCAGAGCAUUGUUAUGGACGUGGUUCAGAAACAUGACAUUUGCCACUCCGAUUUUGGAAGAACAAGUUAUUUUGUAAAGUGUUUGAUAGUUAAAACAACAAAUAAAACUACAUCUUCAAAAGGA